CUUCUAACACACUGAAAAACUGCAACAAACCUCUUCAAAAAAUACCUACAAAACACACAACCAAAGAAGAAAAUGAUAAAAAUUACCCAACAAAGAGAAAUGUCAAAAUAGUGCAGCAGGCUCCAAACACCAUUCCAUUUUUACUCCACCUUCUCAUACAAAAAAGACUACAAAAAAAACCACCCAACAUCUUCAUCAUCAUCGACACAAUCGACAUCAACGACGACGACUCCAAAAAACCAACAUUCUCUUCUCAACAUUCAAGUUCACAAUCUAUCAGCAGAGUGUGUUCCAACAAAAAUUAAAAAAAAAAUAAUUUGUGAGCAGAAAUAAAAAAAUCAAUUCUUUGUAUAUUCAUCAUUAUUCUAGGAAAAAAUUGAUACAAAAUAAUCAGAAUUUUUAGUAUGAGUAGAAUAAACUAAAAAAGCUUCAGAAGAUCCCAGAAAAAGUGUCUCAAGUUUGACUAAAAUCCACGCCAGCCGGUUUGGCCAAAAAUCUUAACAACUUGCUUUCAAUUCAUUAAAAAAAAAAGCACAGAGAAAGAAUCUGCAAACAAAAACAUGGCAAUUAGCUUUGAAAAGCAUCGCGAAAAGAUCAUUGCCGCAUGGAAAGAUGUUCUUGAUGAUAAAAGUACAACAGAUUGGUCACUUUAUGGUUAUGAAGGUAAUUCAAAUGACCUGAAAGUUGUUGGCAGUGGAGAGGGUGGAAUCGAAGAGCUAACUGAAGAAUUGAAUAGCGGCAAGAUUAUGUACGCUUUCGUGCGUAUCGAAGAUCCCAAGACUGGAUUGAAUAAAUUUCUUUUAAUUAAUUGGCAGGGUGAAGGUGCUCCCGUCAACCGCAAAGGCAGUUGUGCCAAUCACAUUCACGAUGUUUCAAAAAUCCUCGGCGGAGCCCAUUUAACAAUUAAUGCACGCAAUGAAGAUGACAUGGACGAAGAACGAAUUGUUAAAAAGCUUGGAACUGUUAGUUCAGCAUAUAGUUUCAAAGAACCCAGAGCAAUUGUUGAGGAGCAAAAAGCACCCGUUGGAACUAAUUACACUCGAGUUAUUCCAACAAAGGAAUUAAAUGCAUCUGUAAUGCAAGAUUUCUGGAAGAAAGAAGAGGAAGAAGAAAGACGUCGUCUUGAAGCUGAAAAGGAACAAAAACGAAUUGAAUUGCUGAAGUUGGAGAAAGAACAACGUGCGAGAGAAGAAAAAGAACAUUUGGAAAGAGAAAAACAAGUUGUUAAUAAAUCCAAACUACAAUCAGCUCAUGUUCCCAUUAAAACAUCUCCUCAACCUUUGAGUCCAGAGAAGACACUUAAUCAAGGCCAAGGAAUGACUGAAGCUGAACGUAUGCGUCAGCUUCGCAAUCAAGAAGCACGCGAAUUAAUCGGCUCAAGAGUUGGCGCUGCUAAAGCCAUUUUCACAAGAAACACAAGUGAAGGACAAUUGCAAUCUAAAUUAAGUUCUGCUCCACCAGCUAAACCAGCUCGGGCAUCAAUCGCACAACGGAUAAACGCACUUAAUAACCAACAAUCAGAACCAGCGCCAGUUCCAACUCCGACUCCAGCUGCAGUUCCAGUUGCAACAGCUACAGCAGCAGCUACUGCUGCUGCAGUUCCUGUUCCUGUUGCUGUAUCUAUAAUCAAGGAAAUUGCACCAUCUCCCGCUCCCCAGCCAGUAGUGGAAAUCAUUCAAGAAGAAGCACCAGUCAAGCCAGAAAUGACAACAAUAACGAACGAAGAAGUUCAUUCGAGUGCAGCCACAGAAGAUUACAUGGAUCAAGAGGAGCAAUAUUCUACCAUCAAGAGGUCGCCACAUAGUAAAUCCAAUUCGCUUCAAUCACCAGAUGAAGUCACGGUAGUUCAACAGGUUCCAGAACCUGUACAACAACAACAGCAAAAGCAAUCUGCCUCAAAUGGAGCUCUUCGGCAGAUGAAUGAGAUUGCUGACAUAGUCAAUGAAGAUGAUUUGAUUUGUCAAGAUGUCUUGAGUGAUAAUGGAUUGAAAGCUAGAGCACUUUAUGACUACCAAGCUGCUGAUGAAUCUGAGAUAACCUUUGAUCCCGGUGACAUCAUCACCCACAUUGAUCAAAUCGAUGAAGGCUGGUGGCAAGGACUUGGUCCAGAUGGAACUUAUGGUCUAUUUCCGGCCAAUUAUGUUGAACUGAUUAAUUAGAAAGAUUUAUUAUCGUCAUUGUCUUCUUCUUCUUCUAACCCUCAUAAACACUCUUAGCGCAGACAAACACACACCCACAACAUUUUUAGAAUUCAUUAUUAUAUUCUUCUUCUAGAAUUUUAUACCUUUUAACUAGAUCUAGGAUAAUCAAUUAUAAAAAAACAGAGUCCUUUUGAUACCAUUUAGAUAAAAUUUCGACAUUAAAAAAGAAAAUCACACACGCUGAA